AUGGUGCUGGAGCUUCACGUCUGGGGCCCGGCCUUCGGACUUCCCUCAAUAGAGCCCGAAUGCAUAGCUACGACGGCCUACUGCCAGCGCGUGAUCCCGAAGGGACAAUGGUCUCUCAUAGCUGACUACAACCCCUCAAUUGGAGCCACAGAAAGCCUGCCGAUCUUAUUCGACGAUGGUAUUGCAACCGCAACAGGAUUUGAGGACAUCGUCGCCUAUCUUCGAAACCAUCCUGCAAUCGCCACCGAUCUCGAUGCGCAUCUCACCAACCGGCAGCAGAACGAUAAAACGGCUUUCAUUACCUUCCUCCAAUCUACUGCAACCCCUCUGCUCGAUCUCUCACUGUACGUCUCUGCCGAGAACUACAAUACCACCACUUCAUCCGCCUAUACUGCGAUCCUGCCAUGGUACGCCAAUUAUACUGUUCCACCGAGGCGUCGAGAUCUCGCGAGGACGCGGACAGCGCAUAUGGGGCUGAACAGUCUGGAUGUGGACACGACGACCGAGGAAGGUUUUGCGCCUGGUCGAGGGACUGCAUCUUCGGAAUAUGAGGCUGCGAAAAAGGCAGCUGGAAUACCCACGGACAGUCGGCCUAAUACUCUGAGCAUGGGACGUCGAAAGGGCCUCGGCGGCCUCCUUGGUGGACCCGUGUACGCUGCUCGGUUCAGGCUCGAUACACUCGCGAAUGAGCUUCUAGAGCCAUUAUCAGACCUUCUAGGCGACCAUGAUUAUCUCUUCCGAGGAGAUCAGCCAUCUAGUCUUGACUGCCUUGCUUUUGGGUAUCUGGCCUUGCUACUUUAUCCGGCAGUGCCUCAAGCGUGGCUCAAGGAGACGAUGCAGACGAAGUACCCUCGCAUUGCCACAUACAUUCGCAGGCUACGCCGCAACCUCGUAGACAUUGAGAAUGUCAAUCCGGCCGAUGUUUGGUCCGUUUCAACAGGCGCAGCUAAAGGAGCCAAAAGUUCAUUCUUACCAUGGCGGCCAAGGUCGCAAACAUUUGCUUCAAGCACGUUGGCUGGCGCACGAGAGACUAUUGGGAACCUUCCUUUAAUCUCUUCACUUAUGCAACGCAGUACGGUCAUGCCAUCGGAUUCGUUGCAAACGUCGAGACGGGCAGAAUCUGAUCUGCCAUGUCCAUUGUUGGUCAACUCGGUACUAGGCAUGGCGACUGCUUUUGCCAUGCGCUCGUCUCGCGCGCCCACGGCGUCGCAGAUUCAGAAUCCCCCGCCUCCGUCGUCCUCGACCAAGACCGGGCGCUUCUUUGGCAAGGCUAACAUCGGCCAUACCUUCCGCCAGAAGUCUGCGGGCGCCUUCGGUCCCGACCUCGCCAAGAAGCUCUCACAACUAGUCAAGAUGGAGAAGAACGUCAUGCGCAGCAUGGAGCUGGUGUCCAGGGAACGCAUGGAGGUCGCUCAACAACUCUCCAUCUGGGGUGAGGCCUGUGACGACGACGUGUCUGACGUCACGGACAAGCUUGGUGUCUUGAUUUAUGAGAUUGGUGAGCUGGAGGACCAGUAUGUCGACCGCUACGACCAGUAUCGCGUGACCAUCAAGAGCAUUCGCAACAUUGAAGCUUCAGUCCAGCCCAGCCGCGACCGCAAGCAGAAGAUCACCGACCAAAUCGCGCAAUUGAAGUACAAAGAGCCCAACUCGCCCAGGAUCGUCGUGCUCGAGCAGGAACUUGUCCGGGCCGAGGCCGAGUCCCUUGUCGCUGAGGCCCAGCUGUCCAACAUUACCCGUGAGAAGCUCAAGGCCGCCUUCACCUACCAGUUUGAUGCUAUGCGCGAGCACUGCGAGAAGUUGGCCAUCAUUGCCGGCUACGGCAAGCAUCUCCUUGAGCUGGUUGAUGAUACCCCGGUGACUCCAGGAGAGACUCGCCAGGCUUAUGAUGGUUACGAGGCUAGCAAGGCCAUCAUCCAGGACUGCGAAGAUGCUCUCACCAACUGGGUCUCCCAAAACGCCUCCGUCUCGUCCAAACUAUCCCAGCGUUCCCGCACUCUCUCCCAGCGCCGCCGAAACCAGGCCCGCAACCGCGGAGACGGUGUUGACCUGUCUGGCCAAGACCAACCCCUCGACAGGGAGUCCGGUCUCUGGAUCCCCGCUUCAGAGCACCAAGGUAACGGCUACGAGGACCGCGAUGACCUUGACGACGAUGUCCCGUCUACUAUUGCCAGUGAGCAGCGUGGUCGCGAGGAGGAGAGGCCUGUUGCGGCAUAA